AUGCGACCUCAAAAACUUGCUAUCCUGUUGGUAAUCGGAAUCCUUACGUUUCUUUCCCUCCUCCUCCUUAGGAACCCGGCGCCUCCCAACGGAACCAUCGAUAGGAAAAAACCCAGUCCACUUGCCACCGCCCAACGCAAUGCCGAUGGCUCAUACCCCCCCGAGAAAGUCCAUCCGAUCGCGAGAUUCGUCCAUAAUGCGGAAAAGGAGUUUGAGGAAGUCUGCUCACGCCAGUCCAAGACAUUGAAGGAAGCCGUCAAGAAUUACCGUCGCAGAUAUGGGAUGCAUCCGCCGCCGAACUUUGACAAAUGGUUCGAGUUUGCCCAAUCCCGGAACGUGCAGUUGAUCGAUGAAUUCGACACCAUCUACCACUCCCUAUUGCCCUUCUGGGCCGUGCCGCCGAAGGUCAUCCGGGCCCGUGCUCGGGAAGCCAUGGGCUUUGACAAUGCCGUGUUCGGGUUGAUGAUCCGUGAUGGCAAGGUUACAUUCAGCGAUGGAGGCGGAGAGGGAGUCAGUUGGCUGCGCGAGGCUACCGAAGGCAUGAUGAGUAGCUUUGUUCAGUUUUUGCCCGACAUGGACCUGGUGUUUAAUACCCAUGAUGAGCCCCGCGUGGUGAUCCCUAGUGAAGACCUUCAGCGCUUGGUGGACAUUGCCAAGAACGAGGCUAUUCCGGCCGCGGCUCAGCUGCGCACGCCGAUGAAUCGCUGGUCGGAAAGGCCGUUGGACUUGAAUCGGGGGGAUCGUGUCCAGGAAGUGCGUACCACUCGCUUCAAUCGAUUUGCGCAUCAACCUACCUGGACCCAUUCGCGGAUUUCCUGCCCCGUCGGCACACCCGCUCGUUCUCUCGAUGAAGAGCCUGAGGACGACGUUGAACCUUACGCAUAUGGUGAACUCGGUUUUAUUUAUAAUUCCACCUCCUUCUCUGACAUUUGCCUCACACCGUCCCUCCAGUACACCUACGGUUUCUUCGAUCGUCCGAAUGCCUUCGAUAUCGUACACGAUCUCUUUCCCAUUUUCUCACAAAGCAAAAUCUCUAGUUUUCAGGAUAUCAUAUUCCCUAGCCCCUGGUAUUGGGCUCAUAAAGUCCCGUACGACGAGACUAAGGACUUCCCUUGGGACUCCAAGGAAAAUCGGUUAUACUGGAGGGGCUCAACCACCGGUGGGUUCUCUCGAGCUGGUGGCUGGCGACGGCAGCAUCGACAGAUCUUUGUCCAGAAAGUCAAUGCUCUGGACAAUGCAGUGGUGCUUUCGAAAAAAGACAGGAGCCCCUGGAAGCCCCAAGAAGUAGCCCGCAGUGACUAUAGAGGAUUGUUUGACGUCAAGUUCACAUUCAUCGGACAAUGUGAUCCUGAUGACUGCGCUGCGCAGCAGGAGUUCUUUGAGGUGGCCGAGCAUGCCGACCAGCAGGAAGCAUGGGCUUCCAAGUUCCUGGUGGACAUUGACGGAAACGCGUUCAGCGGUCGAUUCUACGCCUUUCUAUUCAGUAAUAGUCUGGUCUUCAAGAUCGCACUCUUCCGCGAGUGGCAUGACGAGUGGCUCAAGCCGUGGGUGCACUAUAUUCCCUGGGGCCUGAAGGGCAAGGAAUACGUUGAGAGCGUUCGAUAUUUUGCCUCAGAAGAUGAAGGCAAGGCAGCUGCGCCGCGAAUAGCGCAGCAAGGGCAGGCUUGGGCCCAGAAGGUCCUACGGAACGAGGACCUUGAAGUUUGGUUCUUCAGGUUACUGUUAGAGUAUGGUCGUCUAGUAGACGAUAAUAGAGAGCAGUUGGGUUUUGUCCCUUGA